UCAGCCUAAUGGGAGAAAUUUUCCUCCAAAGUAUUAAAAAAUAUCUAAAUCUUCUAACUCCUAUAGAAAGUGAUGCUCAAGCACCUUGCUUAAUGGCUGGUUUGAGUAUAUGUUUGAGAGCAGGAAAAAAUAAUGAGCACGUAUUUUGUUAUAUCUGCUUAAACUCAAGUUUUUCUAACAAGGAAGGGUACCCAACUGUCCGACUCCGAUUUGAUUCAUUUUGAUAUAUGUUACAGAGUAGUCUAAAAUAACGGACACGUAUUUUUUUUUAGCUGCCCAAACUCAACCUAUUGGGAGAAAUUGUCCUCCAAAGUACUAAAAAGUUACUAAAUCUUCUAACUCCUAUAGAAAGUGAUGCUCAAGCAACUUGCUAGUUAAUGGCUGGUUUGAGUAUAUGUUUGAAAGCAGCAAAAAAUAAUGAGCACGUGUUUUGUUAUAUCGGCUAAAACUAAUUUUUUCCUAAACAAUUUUUUUUGUAUAUGCAACUAAUAAGUAUAUGGACGUAGACUAUAUUGUAUGUUACUUUAAAUAUGUAUUUUUGUACAAUAAAGAGUUUACUACUACUACUGCUACUACUACUAUCUCCAAAAAAAUCAAGACUUCAUUAUUAUUACAUUUUCAUAAGGUUUUUAUCCCGGACGUGUCAAAUUUUGCUCUCAGAUAAUGACCCAGCCAAGGUCCUACCCCUACCCUGCACCGGGCGGGAUUUGCCACGAACAACGAAAUUCGUAAAUCCUCUAUUUGCCACAUCCGUCCUGCGUUAUCGAAGUGACAGGGAUGGAGAUACACGAAAUCUGGAUUUUAGAUAUGUUCACGUAGACGCCCUGAAUGCCGGUGAGAUGCCUCCCCUGCACCCUGCACCUUGCAGCCGGCAGCCUGCACCCUGCCCCCACCCGUCCAGACGGGCGCCGGCCGGGGCUCGAGCGAUACGCUUAUCCAAUCCGUCCGUUGUGUACUACGAAGGUAUUGCUAUCAUAACACACAACCUAAUCAAUACAAUCCAAAGCGUCAGGAUACAUUGUCGCACGUACUUUAAAUAAGAGAACCGUAGGCGGACAGGGCAAGGAUAAGGACAAGGCAUCAUGAGGCAGCUAGUCGCCACCGCGUGGCUCUUGUAUUUCAUAUGUUUGGUACUGUAUUAUGCAGCAUUAUUCAUCAGGCUGAUUGCUGAAAAUAGAUUUCUGGAGGGGAUACAGGUCGACGAGAAGGACUUUCGUCUGUUUAUAGGAAGUAUUGUAUUUUGCCUCGAAGUUGAAUUUCAGUCUCGCCCACCGAGCUCCUUGGAUUCGGUGGUGAAACUGAAAGCGUGCGCGAACUCUCUUCUUUACUCCGGGAUACUGAUUACCACCGUCUACGAGCACUUCGAGGACGUGUUCCUGCUGGCCGCGCUAUCCAUCGGGGCGAUGACGAAUUUCUGCUCGGUCUACUACCUCAUCCAGAAGCCGGAGAGGAGCCAGGGGCCCGAGGAGCCCGCCGGCGCCGGCGCCGACUAGGACAUCCACGCGCUUCAUGAUCAUGAACAUUCAAACUUAACCUAACCUGGACAAUAAAACUAAUAUUAGUUAUUGGUUUCAUAUAACAGUAGAGUGUAUUUACCAAUCAUUAGGUACAAUACAUGUCAGCCAUGGCACGGCUGUUGGAAUUAAAUGCCAUAUCUAUUAACUUACAAUAUUAAAAAUAAUUAUAGGUGAGUGUCAUUUUUAGGAUUCCGUAGUCAACUAGGAAACCUUAUAGUUUCGCCAUGUCCGUCUGUCUGUCUGUCUGUCUGUCUGUCCGAGGCUUUGCUCCGUGGUCGUUAGUGCUAGAAAGCUGAAAUUUGGCAUGGAUAUAUAAAUCAAUAAAGCCGUCAAAGUCGUACAAUAAAAUCUAAAUUUUUUUUUUUUUUAGGGUACCUCCCCUACACGUAAAGUGGGGGUGAAUUUUGAACCAUAGGUCCAAAAAAUAUGAAAAAAAAUCUUGGAAGUAGAGCUUAAGAAAGACAUUAAGUAAAUGAAAACUAUAGCGGAUAUGAUCAGUUUAGCUGUUUUUGAGUUAUCGCAAAAAGUUUCCCCUUCAUAGUAAAAAGACGUACACCCACAGUUCAUCCCUUGGUUAACAAUCUACCAUACUUUAAGCUCCAGUUUAGCUUAUUAUGACGGAAGAGUAACUACGGAACCCUACUCUGAGCCCAUGCUUACAUAGAAACCGCCGGAUUUUAUUAAAUAAACAAAUAAAUAAAAAUAUGUUUGAUUGUUAGCAAUUUACAUAAGGUAAGGUGGGGUAAGACUAUCGCUGGAGCAAGACAAACGCUUAUAUGCAAUCCUCAUACUGUUAGUCUUGACCCGAGGAAAAUAAACUAUGUUCGUCUUAUCCCGCCUUACCUUACUACUACGGUUAAACCAGGUUAGCGGGCUUUGUGUUGUGCAAAACAAGGUUCGAGCCUUCUUCAUCGAUUAUACUUAUAUUGAUGUGUCCUAUUCAGUUCAGUUCAGCCGUAUUUAUAAGUAAUUACUACUCUCCGGCCGAAACUCGUACGAAUCGAUGUCGUAUUAGCCAAAGAAUCCAAUAUUCACUAGGAGAAGAACGAUAACUCCAUACAAAACUAGAUCUCGUUCACAAUUUUAGGACCCUUAUGAAUCAAAGUAUAUCAAUGACAUGCUGCAAAUCAGCAGCAUUCAUUGUUAUGCUGAUGAUAGUACGGGUGAUGCGUCUUACACCGGCCGCACCAAUAUCUCUCGGGAAAACGUCGCAGAGAGCCGGAACAAACUUGUGUCUGAAAUUGAGACUUCCCUAAAAGAAGUCUCUGAAUGCGGUCGACUUAACUUAGUCCGUUUCAACCCUACCAAGACACAAGUUUGCGCGUUUACCGCAAAAAAAGUUAGAGUUUGUCGUAUCACCUCGUUUUGAGAGCACUUCCCUGACUGCCACACCCGGUAUCGGAAUUGUUCGGAUUAAUCCCUGCCGCUUCUUUUCGCCAUCGCCCUACGCGACAACAUUUCCAUCCUCACCACUUAGAUGGUUGGCAGUCCUCAACUGUGCGUUUUUCCAGGAACUUUCUGCCUCGCACUGCUAAACUGUGGAAUGAACUGUCGCCUGCGGUGUUUUCGGACCGAUACGACCUUCAAACCUUCAAGAAAAGAGCGUACUCCCAUCUUAAAGGCCGGCAACGCACUUACAACCCCUCUGGUGUUGCAGGUGUCCAUGGGCGGCGGUAAUCGCUUAUCAUCAGGUGAUCCGUCUCAUCGUUUGCCUCCUCUACCAUAAAAAAAAAAACUAUGAGAAAAUACAAAAGAAAUUCGCAAGGUAUUUAUAAAGCAAGUAUUUGGCUACUACCCUUAUCUAUAUCCCUCCCUGUUCGUAUCGGGGAUGGUAGGCCUCGACACACUCGAACUGAGGCGGAAACUAUUGUUAACGGAGCAUUAUCAUGGCAUCAUUAGUAAUAGGAUAAACAAUUCCUUUGUGUUGGAGCGAAUGGGCUUGCAAUAAUAAUUUUAAUUUGAGAAUUUUGUGUUAGUUUUUUAUGAUAAGUUGAAAUUUAUUUAUUUUAUUAUGCUUCUGUCUGUUGAAUUUGUCUUUUAUUGUUGGAAAUUAUUGGUUUAUAAAUUAUAUUGAUUUUAUUUGUAUUACAUUUUUGACAUUUUUAUAUUACAAUAACUUGACAUUAGAAUUAAGAUUUAACAUGUAAACGACUUGGUGACUGUACUGUAAGUUUAUUAUGUGUCUAAAUAAAUAAAUAUAAAUUGCUGGGUUAUUAUUGAGUUACUAGCUGACCCGGUGCCCGGUGAACUUCGUAUCACCUAUCUGUAUAGUCCCUUUUAGCACGUCACGGAUUAUCGAAUCAUUCUUUUACAGAUGUUACUGACUUGUCAAAUAAGUACCCUACGUACAGUUUUGUUUUCGGAGUGGUUGGGUCAUUUUCCUAUUUAUAAGAUGUAAAAAACACUGGGCCUACCGCGAAAGACGCCAAUCAAAAUUUUGUUACCUGCCUCUCGAAUAUUCAAGAGUGAUAGUGAUAUUUCAUAUUUAUUUAUUGUGUACAUAGGUAUAAUUGCAGAUAGAAUAGCUUUAGGUUUGUGUUGUAGAACAUGCUACCUCUCUGUAGAGAGGUGUUACAAUAUAUUUUCUUCUUUAAUCGGUGCAAAAAUGCUGAAGUUCAAGAUGGCGGCCGUUUAGUACAAUUUACCCUCCGAUUCCUAAUGAAGGGCUUCCCAGAUCCUCAAAAAUCGAUUUUAAUUUUGAUC